GGAAAAGCAUGUCCUAUCUGGAUAUUUUAGCAUAUUUUUGAAGCACUCGAUUCUUUCUAGUUGCCUUUAUUCUGGUUACUAAGCUUUUUCAUAGAAUCAACGAUGGGAGGCGGAUGAUCAACCCAAAAAAGUACUGCUAUCAACAAAGCAGGUUUGAAAAUGAACCUUAAAAGGAACAACGAUAGUGAGAAAGAACUAUCCCAGCAGGACAUUGAUGAUCCUAAGAACUUGAAGAAAAAUCAAAAGAAAUUAGGAAAUUUAAUGAACAAACAAUCGAAUCCUGAUGACUUUGAGGAAUCAGUUGAGGAUCUGAAUGAGCUUAGUAAACCCACUGGGAUCAAAUCUGAAAAAGAAUAUAAAGAUAUAUGGGAUGCCAUACAUGUUAAUGAUACAACUAAGCUGGAGAAGCUGCUUGGAGGCAAGGAAUGGCCUACCUCUGCCCUCUUUGACAAAGAUGGUAACCAUACAAUGCUCCACACUGCAGCAGCACUUGGCCAUGUAGAAUCAUUGAUGGUAAUUAUUGAGCACACAGGAGCUAAGCCAGACUUAUUGAAUUCUAAUCUGGCCACUCCGUUGCAUUUCGCAUGUCGUAAUAAUCAUGACAUGGUGGCAAAAUUUCUGAUAAAUUCAGGGGUAGAUAUCAAUAUUCAAGAUGAGCAUGGACAGACUUGUCUUCUCAUCUGUUGUAUACACGGGCACAAGAAGUUAGCACAAAUUUUGAUAGAAUCAAGCAUCGCUGGGAACACCCCAGAACCGCUUGAUAUGGAUCUAAAAGAUAACAGAGGGCUCACUCCUCUGAAUUGAGUCACCAUUAAAGGUGAUCUAAACUUCGUAAAAUUCCUCAUUGACAAAGGAGGGGCCAAGAUUGAUGAAGCCUCACCCAAGGGCUGCAAUGCCCUUCUCUACGCAGCUAGAGGAGGUUAUCCGGAGGUUGUCAAAUAUCUUCUCGAAAAAGGAGCUAAUUCUCUCCAUCAAGAUAACUCUGGAGGUACAGUAACCCACCAUGCUGUUGAAAAAGGCAAACCAGAAAUCAUCGAAACUCUGAUAGAGUAUUCUGUUGACAUCGAUAUUUCAGACAAUGCUGGGAGGACACCUCUCUUUGAAGCUAUUGAUAAUAACAGAGUCGCUAUUUGCAGACUCCUCGUUCAGAAUGGAGCAAGAGUCAACCUCAGUGAUUACUCUGGUCAUACCCCUCUGUACUGUGCAGCUAGAGAUGGCAAUGAUGAGAUUCUCAAAAUUCUCAUCGACAUUGGGAAAGCCAAGGUUGACCACUACGGAAAGUGCUCAAAUCCUAAAGAUCUUGAUGAUGACAUCGAGUAUGAAAAUGAAGAUGAAAAAUUAAUUAUUCAAGGCCUUGAUGCCUCGAAGACUCCGCUACACGUUGCUAGUCUGCUUGGAUACAAAGAGAUAGUCUCCUACCUAGUAAAAGAUGGGAAUGCGGAUCCAGACAUUCUCGGAGAUAACGGAUUCAAUUCUCUCCACUUCUCAGUGAUCGGGAAGCAACCUGAAAUCACACAAUACCUAAUAACGAACAGUCAGGUAGACUUCAACGCUAAAUCAAAAGAAGGGAAGACUGUUCGAGAACUUAUAGAAGAGUUCAUGCCGAUGUACCUUGAGCAUUACGACAACCUCAUAGAAUCUUUACCCAUCCAGAGACUCUCAGGAGCCUCUGAAGGAGACGUAGGAAAAGUAGCUACUCAUUACUACACUCCUGAGGAUGACAGAGCAAUCACCGGGGUUCAGGAUCAGGAAGAAGUCAACAAAAUCUAUGCUGAGGCCAAAGGCGACGAACAAAAAGAGGACAAGAACAAGAAAUUGAUGGAUUAUGAAGAAGCCGACAUCCAUACUGAAGAAGGCAAGGAACCAGAUACUAUCAUCGAGAGAGUGUUUGGCAUGAAGUGUGCUCUUGGACUUAUCUCAACAUCCUGGAAGCUUCGUGAAGAAGCCCUCAAGCACAUCCAUAAGAACAGUGUUGUGAAGCUAGAGUCGGACAUGGAAUUCAUGGAUACUAUCAAAGCAUGCUGCACUGCAUGCAACAUUGGUAUCCAGGAUAAAGUCAUGAAAGUUUUUAAUGCUGCCAUGACCAUCUUCUCCUUCCUUGUAUCCUCCUCGAAGCUUGAAGAAAAAGGACUGGAUGUCUUUGUCAGACUUGUUACCGAAUUUGAAAUAGUGCUAAAACUACUCAAAUAAGAGCGAAGAAGGAAAUGCUAGAAUUUCAAAUAAAGCCCAAGAGGGGCUAAUAGACUUCUCUUUCCAUCCAAUGAUAGGGGAGGGAUUUAUCUCUGCAUUCCUUCUUUCUCGUCUAGAAUCUCAUCAGGAAAAUAAUAACAUAAAAGGGACCAAAAUAAUGCUAGAAUUACUUUACAAAUUCAUAACCUCAUUCGGUAUGACAAAGAAAGAUAGUCCGCUUGCUCCUAAAAAGAUCUUAAAAAUAGUCCUGUUGCCGCUCUUCCACAAAGACCAAGGCAUUAGGAGCACUGCGCUCAAGAUUCUUCUAGAAAUUCAGAAGAAGUCAGGCCUCAUAGAUGCGAAUACCUUCAAGGAAGACUGCAUCCCUUCAGAGUCUCAAGCCAAUAUUGAACAUAUCCUCAAGAAAGUUGCUGAAGUUGAGGUCGACGAAUCAGAGAAAGCCAAGCUUGCCUUCGAUGAUGAUGAUGGAGAGGACAAUCACAACCUAGAUGAACUUAAAGAUAAAGGAAGAAGCAAAGACUGGGCCCAACGUGAAAUCGCACUUAACAAGAUCAAGGAAGAGAUCAAGAACAAUGAUUCUGCAGUAACCAAUGACUCCUUUGCUGCUGCCAGUGUUGAACUACUGACGUCUUGCCUAGAGGAGAAUAAUAUUUCGAUUUAUUUAGUCGCCGUUGAUGUUGUUGGGCUCUUCUUCACUCAAUGCUUACAAAAGAACUAUGUUAUCCUAACAGAGUCUAUGGAUUCUUUGGCUCAGCCAAUAUCUUUACGAACAAACGACACUAACACAAGAGUAAGGAAGAAGUCAAUUGAAGUCAUUCUAAAUUUAUGGAACGGAUCAUUCAACAAUAUUAAUCAGAAGUACAGCUCUUUCCUUCAAGAUUCUGAGACUUCAGUGUCAAGCAAACUUGCAAACAUAUUGAUGGAUUCCAAGCAAGGUGAAAAAGGGAUAAUUGGAAGGAUUCAUGUAUUCUCACAAAGACUUCAAUUGCUAUCUUCAACAACUGAAGAAAACGAAGUUGAUGCAAGCAGUAAACCUCAUCAGGUGUUGCUAGGAGCAAAUUACACAACCAUAACAGAGUUUGCAAUCCAGUGGUGUCUUCAUAAGAACACCAAAGUCAGACAAGUCGCUCUGAGGUUAAUAGUUGAUAUUUGUAAGUAUAAUCUCAAAGAUCCUAAUGGGGCCUCUUUCAAACAGAAAAUUAUCAACUACAUUCUCGGUCUCAAACCUUCUCUGAGAAAUCCUCUGAUCAAGAAGAUCAACAAUGUCUGUAAGUCAAUGUACAUCAAUGCUGAAGAGCUCGGAGUCGACAUCGCCAUGAAGUCGAACAACACUCGCCUCUCAAGGUCGAAGUCGAAAGAUAGGUCUGGAGACCUCAGUGCAUUGAAGCGAAGCACUUCUGUGCCAAGGUCGAAUCUGCCUGAGAUCAGUGCUGGUGGAGUAGACAACAGUCCAAUCAUUGUGUUACCGUACUACGAACCGAUGAAAGACGACAUCCAGUUCAAGUUCAGAAACCUCAUCAACAUUUUCAACGAAGACAUCAUUGGGUGUUUCGUGUCUCAAUCUUGGUCAGUCAGACAGGCUUCGCUUGAGAAGAUAACUGAGCAGCUUCCAAACCUUGAUGACAACACCAAAGAUGCGAUGAAGUGUGAAAUCAACAAGUUUGGACUCCCGAUCGAAGAAUGCUUCGCUGGGUUCUGUCAAUUGAUCCUUGAAGGCAUCAAAGACCCUGUGCUUAAAAUUUAUUUGUCAAUUCUGGACAUUAUGCAACAGGGACUUCCAAUGUUCUUUAGAAGAUGCCCCAAGACCAUCUUUGAUGAAACUUCGAAAGAUGGAGACUCCGCUCCUAUCAACCUCAAUACAAUCAUUGUUGAAGUGCUGAAGAAGACCAGUGAUUUGAAGAUCAAACUCAGAGUGGCAUCCAAGAACAUGUGCAUAUACCUUGCUCACCAGUCGACAGUUGGUCCUGAGAAGAUGGCCGACAUCACACUUGAAGCGCUGGAACGGAUGACAGAUACAGCUACAAAGUCGAAGAAGCCAAAGUCGUCUGCUAAAGACUCCAAAAGUGAUGAUGCAGCUUCGAGUCUGGUCAACUCUACAAUGUGGACUUCUUGUUUAUUAUUACUAAUCGAGUAUCAGAAGCAAGCCAAACUUGCCCGAAUAGUCAAUGAUAAAUACACCCAGAAAUUUUUGAAUAUCAUAAACUGAUCGCUUCAGCAUCACACUCCAGGUGUCAGAAAAGAAGCCGAAAACUUGUUCAUUGAACUCUACCAAACACUGGGCCCAUCUCUUGAGAAACUGCUUGUUGGCCAAAAGCAAGCAGUUGUUGACAAGCUGAUCAAAGAAGCCAAGAAGCAGUGUGGAGAUGUUGUCAGGUCUGACAGCCAGCGGGAAGAACAAAAGAAAGCAGCCACAAACUACAUCGCCAGCCAGGUCAAGUCGGACUACCUGCCUGAGUACAUCGUCAGGAUUCUAGGUCAAGCUACUGUUGAACUUCUGAAGUCAGCGAACCCGAAGAAGAGACAGAAGGGACUUGUCGAAGUCAAGAAAGCAGUCUCCAAGCUGACUGUGAACUUGAAUGACAAAAAGGCAAGAGAACUGGCAGACCCAAUCACUCACUUGAUGAGGCAGAUCCUAUCAGACGAAAGCAGCGAAGUGUAUCUGGAAGCGUUGAAGAUAGUGAGGUAUAUAAUAUCAUCAUUAGCUCCACAUCUUGGAGCAUUAGACCUUCAUAUCCUCAUCGGAUCUUUCAUUGGAAUUAUUGUUUCAAAUACAGUUAGCAGCAAUAUAAGGAUUCAAGUUUCUUCAGAUAAGGUUAUUAUUUUCUUCGCCAAGCAUAGCAACAUCGGUCCUCUAGUAGUCGCUAGAGAUAUUGUUAAAAACAUCGAGAAGAUAUCACAAGCUAUCCAGAGGUCAGGAAACAAGAAGGAGGUUUUCUCUGAAAAGAAAUCAUUCUUAACCAGAUUUCUUUCAAUUCUCUUAUUACUAGUUAAUCAAUUCUCAAUUGUAUUGUGCUAUGAAGAAGAUUUUAAUGACAAAAUGAUAGCAUGUUUGGCUGAAUUAGUGGAAAAUUCAGACUCAGAUCCUAACAUCAAGAGCUUAGUCUCUCAAAUCCUAGCAGCUUGUCACUCAAUAGAUUCCCAGACGCUGACCGUUUCUAUUAACAAACUCGACCCCAUUAAGAAAGCACCACUGUUGAAAAUAAAGAUAGAGAUGGAGACAAUGAUGAAGAGUGGGAAUGCUGUCAUAACCGCAGGAGGGAAAAACACAUUUGCAAACUCAGAUAUGACAUCUCACACACCUCCGUUUAGGAUUACCUCAGGGAGGAAUUCUUCUAGAGGAAGUGUCUACUCCCCAGCAAAUCCGCCAACACUGAGCCAUCAAAAUACCUUCGAUAGCAAUUCAGAUCAAUUUAAAAGUUCAGACGGCUUCAGAAGUUCAGAUGGAUUCAAGUCUGAACUUAAGGGAUCCAGAAGACUUUUGCAGAAGAAAGGAUCUGGCAUGGACUAUGCACAAUCCUCAAGGCCUCUCAUUCCAGUCAGAAGGUCCUCCCAAUUCGAACAAAAUAGUCUAACUGAGAAGAAAAUACCUGAUAGAGGUGUCAGAAGAUCUCAAAUAGCAGGAUCAGGAAUUUCAAAAUUCUCUCUGCCAGAUAUUGCUCCUAAGGGAAAUAAUGUUCUUCCUCCGAUAGCAGGUACAUCAGGGCUGGGAACUUAUCAGCCACCUUCUAUAAGCUCGAGCAGCCUCGCUGGAGGAAGAAGGCCUAGGCAGACUCAAAGAGAGAAACCACUAGCAGAUUCCAUAAAUAGACCUCCUAUUUACAGAAAAGCUGCUGAGACCGUAAGAGAGGGGAGUAAGUUUAAUGAUGAUGGUAUGUCUGGAGGUUACAGAUACGGUCCAACUUCGCAGACCCAGACAGAUUUUGGAGCUAGAAUGCCUAAGAUGAACUCUUCAGUAGGCAUGGGAAGUAACAUGAACACAAUAAUGACAGGAUCGACUAUUCCUCAAGCAAAAUUUGAAAUUUCUACAACAAACUAUGACAAUAAGGCGCCAAGGGUAAAGAGGGAUGCUCUAGAUGGAGAGAUCAACCGAUUCAACAUGAGAUAAGCAUGACUAAUUCAUAAAUUCAAUUAAAAAUG